AUGCACCGGAUGGACAUCCCGCCCAUUGUAUUCACCUUCUCCCCGGUGCUCAACGCUUGCACACGCAUUCAGGCAAUCCAAGAAGGCAAACAGACACACACUCCAAUUGUCGAGUCCGACCAUUUCGGAAAUAAAGUUGUGCAGACUGCUUUUCUCGAUAUGUAUGCAAAAUGCAGGGCUGCAGAAGAUGCUAGACGUGUUUUAAAUCAAAUGGCCAAAAGAGAUGUCGUCACUUGGACGGCCAUGAUUUCCGGGUACUCCAAGACCGGUAGGAUGGACGAUGCACGUCAGCUGUUCGAUGUCAUGUUAGAACGCAACGUCAUUUCUUGGAUAGCUAUGGUGGCGGGGUAUGCAAAUGUAGGCAAUGUGGAAGCUGCGAAAGAACUGUUUGAUCAAAUGCCAGAAAAGAACUCCGUGACAUGGACAGCCAUGAUUGUUGGUUAUGGAAAACGAGUGGACGUGACUGAAGCCAAGCAAGUAUUUGAUGAGAUACCGGCAUGCAAUUCGGCGUGUUGGGGGUAUUCUAACGAAGCAAUUGAUAUGUAUAAGAAGAUGAGAGAAGCAAAUGUAAAGGAGAGCGAGGGUUGCCAUGGUUGGAGUAAUCUCUGCUUGCACACAACUUGGUGA